UGUAUCUGCACCAUGUGCAUGCAUAGACUACAGAGGUCAAAACAGGGCACUGGAUCACCUGGAACUGGAGUUACAGAUGUUUGCAAGCCAUGGUGUGGGGGGUGGUCGUGGUGUGUUGUACACAGGACACUCAACCUUGGUCUCUGAGGGAGUGGCCAAUGCCCUCUCCAGAUCCAUAAAGAUCUUUUAAAAGAUCUUUCUUUCUCAAACUAUAUACAACACAUUAGUGAAGGUACCGCAGAAUCUCCUGGGGCUGCAGUUAAAGGUUAUGAGCUGCCUGAGGUGGGUGCUGGGAACCGAACUCAGAUGCCCUGCACACCUGCACCCAGAUCCAGCUUUGCUGUUUUUGUUUUCCAAGACAGGGUUUCUCUGUGUAGCCUUCACUGUCCUGGAACUCACUUUGUAGACCAGGCUGGCCUCGAACUCAGAAAUCCGCCUUCCUCUGCCUCCCAAGUGCUGGGAUUAAAGGCAUGCGCCACCAAUGCCCGGCUUAAGAUUUAUUUUUAUAAAUCAUGUCUGUGUCUGUAUCUGGAGGGCUCUCUGAUAAUUUAUAGGAAGUUGUAAGCUGCCUGAUAUUGGGGCUGUGAACUGAAUCUGGGUCCUCUACAAGAAUAAUAUAUGCUCUUAGACAUUGAACCAUUUCUCCAGCCCUGAAGAAUGAGAUCUUAAAGCCAAGGAGACUGUCUGUAGUACAAGGUCCGAAGUGUAGUACAAAAGCAGCCCCGGGUCAACAGUGUGCGAGACGUUAUCACGCUGGCAAGAACCAGAGCAGCGGUGAACAGGGAUGGAGCCAGACUGCUAGAUUUACUAAGAAAAUGGGAGGACUGGAGGCUGUCGAAUGAUGACAUGACAAAGAUCGACAAGUACAUUACUGAAGUGCUCUGAAAAGCUUGGCAUGUAUAGAACGUAGAUAAUAUAGAACAUAAACACAUUUUUGAUAUUUUUCAAAUCUUUCCUGUUUUUUGUUUGAAAUUUAUGUAGUCCAAUCCUGCAACAGCCUCCCAAGUGCUGUCAUUUACAGUGUGACCACAACACUGGACUUCAUUUAUUUUAUAAAUGAAAAUAAAAGUGCAGCUUUUUUUUAUCUGUAUCGUAUCAUAACAAAUCACCUACUUAUGGCUUGUAAGUAUUUUGCAAACAGAUUUGUUGUUUUGUGGUUUUCAAGACAGGGUCUCAAUAUAUUCAGCUGGCUGUCCUGGAACUCUGUAGAUCAAGCUGGCCUUGAACUCAAAAGAUAUCUGCCUACCUCUACCUCUCUAGCGCUGGGAUUAAAAGCAUGCACGACUAGGUCCAGCCUCCAACAGAUUUUGAAAAUUAUUUUUCUAUGUUAUUAUGGUAAGAGAACCACAUAAUCAUAGUGGAAUUUACAUAGAAUAUUAACGACAGUCAAUUUUUAACACAUUGUUAAACUCAGAACGCUUGGAAGAGUCUUCCAAACCGUCCCCAAAACUGCGACCGAAAUCAUCUUUAUAAAAUAAAAGUGGCAAAAAAAAAAAAAAAAAAAAAAAAAAAGCGGUGUGACUUAAGUAAAAACCUGAACUUAGAAUUUGGGUUCCUAUCCGUUCUCUACUAUUUAAAGACACCGGAAACACAUUCUGCCCCAGGAUGCCUUCAGCACAUUCGCUUAUUCUUCAGCAACCCUUUGGAAAAGAAAAAAAAAAAAAAAAAAAAAAAAAAAAAACCAAAAAAAAAAAAAAAACCCUGUAGGCAUACGUGUGCCUCAGCUCCAUAAAGAAGUCAGCGGACAACUAAUUGGAAUCGAUUCUAUUGCCACCAGAGAGGUCGCAAAUUUCAGGUCGUCAGGACUGGGAGCAGGCGUCCCUACCGGAUCCACCUCCCCAUCCCUUUAAUUCUAAGAGUCUAAUUCUAAUUUAAUUCACCAACGCUUUAAUUCUAAGAGUCACAGUCGAACUUUACACAGCACUCUCCGGCCAGUUCACCUAGUAACCCGGUCAUCUGCAGACAAACUAGCGCCCAAGCGCGACCCGGAAGGAGAACCUGCCCUUCCGCCUCCUAGUCGCCAAUCACCGCUUUACUCCCCUUUUCGCAGCCGGGGUGAGUCCCACCCUCAGGGAGCCGCCUCGGCUGUAGCAGGGGAGGAGGCGGCGCGUGCGCAGUGGUGCCGGUGGCCCUUCCGGUGCGCCGGACGCAGCUAGGCUGUACAGACGCGGGCACGCACACCAGCACGCACGCCCUCCUCUCGUGCGGCCGCGGUCGUUCCCGCGUCCACCAGCAGCGCUGUCGCUUCGGCAGAAAUGCUGCGGGCCUGUCAGUUAUCCGGCGUGACCGUCGCGGCCCAGAGUUGUCUGUGUGGGAAGUUCGUCCUCCGUCCACUACGACCAUGCCGUAGAUACUCCACUUCAAGCAGUUCUGGGUUGACUGCUGGUAAGAUUGCUGGAGCUGGCCUUUUGUUCGUUGGUGGAGGGAUUGGUGGCACUAUCCUGUAUGCCAAAUGGGAUUCCCAUUUCCGGGAAAGUGUAGAGAAAACCAUCCCUUACUCAGACAAACUCUUUGGGAUGGUUCUUGGUUCUGCGCCUUAUACUGUUCCAUUACCAAAGAAACCGGUUCAGUCUGGUCCACUAAAAAUCUCCAGUGUAUCAGAGGUGAUGAAAGACUCCAAACUGCCUGUGGCACAGAGCCAGAAAACGAAGGGAGACACUCCAGCUUCAGCAGCAUCUACAGGGGCAGCUCAAAUUAUUUCUGCAGCAGGUGAUACACUUUCGGUCCCGGCCCCUGCAGUUCAGCAUGAGGACACUAUAAAAACCGAAUGUCCCAACACUAAUGAAGGAAAAUCUACGUCUGAAACCACAGAGGAAGCAUUCUCAUCUUCUGUAAGGGAGCGACCACCCGAAGAAGUUGCAGCUCGUCUAGCGCAACAGGAAAAGCAAGAACAAGUUGAGAUGGAGUCUCUAGCCAAGAGUUUAGAAGAUGCUCUGAACCGGACUUCGUCUGUCACUCUGCAGACUAUUACAGCCCAGAAUGCUGCAGUUCAGGCUGUCAAGGCACACUCCAACAUACUGAAAACAGCCAUGGACAAUUCUGAGAUUGCAGGUGAGAAGAAGUCGGCCCAGUGGCGAACAGUGGAGGGUGCAUUGAAGGAGCGAAGAAAGGCAGUUGAUGAAGCUGCCGAUGCCCUGCUCAAAGCAAAAGAAGAGUUAGAGAAGAUGAAAACUAUAAUUGAAGAUGCAAAGAAAAGAGAGAUUGCUGGAGCCACCCCUCAUAUAACUGCUGCAGAGGGGAGACUUCACAACAUGAUAGUUGAUCUGGAUAACGUCGUCAAAAAGGUCCAGGCUGCUCAGUCAGAGGCAAAGGUGGUAUCUCAGUAUCAUGAACUUGUGGUCCAAGCAAGAGAUGACUUUAGAAAAGAGCUGGACAGUAUCACUCCAGACAUCACUCCUGGAUGGAAAGGGAUGACUGGCAAACUCUCUACUGAUGACCUGAACUCACUCAUUGCUCAUGCCCAUCGUCGCAUUGAUCAGCUCAACAGAGAGCUAGCACAACAGAAAGCCACAGAGAAGCAGCACAUUGAGCUAGCCUUGGAAAAGCACAAGCUAGAAGAAAAGCGGACCUUUGACUCUGCAGUGGCAAAAGCAUUGGAGCACCACAGAAGUGAAAUUCAGGCUGAGCAGGACAGAAAGGUAGAAGAAGUCAGAGAUGCCAUGGAGAAUGAAAUGCGGACCCAACUUCGACGGCAGGCAGCUGCCCACACUGAUCAUUUACGAGAUGUCCUCAAGGUGCAGGAACAGGAACUGAAGUAUGAAUUUGAACAGGGCCUGUCUGAGAAACUGUCUGAGCAAGAAUUAGAGUUUCGUCGUCGCAGUCAAGAACAAAUGGACAGCUUUACUCUGGACAUAAAUACUGCCUAUGCCAGGUUGAGAGGGAUUGAGCAGGCUGUUCAGAGUCAUGCAGUUGCUGAAGAAGAAGCCAGAAAAGCCCACCAGCUCUGGCUUUCAGUGGAGGCAUUAAAGUACAGCAUGAAGACCUCAUCUGCAGAAAUGCCUACCAUCCCAUUGGGGAGUGCAGUUGAGGCCAUCAGAGUCAACUGUUCUGAUAAUGAAUUUACCCAGGCUUUAACUGCAGCCAUUCCUCCAGAGUCCCUGACCCGGGGGGUAUACAGUGAAGAGACCCUAAGAGCCCGUUUCUAUGCUGUUCAAAAACUAGCCCGAAGGGUAGCGAUGAUUGACGAAACCAGAAAUAGCCUGUACCAAUACUUCCUUUCCUACUUACAGUCCCUACUCCUGUUCCCGCCUAAGCAACUGAAGCCCCCGGCGGAGCUCUACCCUGAAGAUAUAAAUACAUUUAAAUUGCUCUCAUAUGCCUCCUAUUGUAUUGAGCAUGGUGACCUGGAGCUGGCAGCAAAGUUUGUCAAUCAGCUCAAAGGGGAGUCCAGAAGAGUGGCACAGGACUGGCUGAAGGAGGCCCGAAUGACCCUAGAAACUAAGCAGAUAGUGGAGAUCCUGACUGCAUACGCCAGCGCCGUAGGAAUAGGAACCACUCAAGUGCAGCAAGAGUAAGGCCUAGGAAGAGUUGUGUAAUGUCAUAUUUCAUAUCAAAGAAAAUCAGCAUUGGUAUCUGCAGGGUUUGCAACAAGGGUCCCAGAAUUGUCCAGAAGUGAGCAGGUUCCAAGUCCUGUGUGAGAUGUUAACACCUGUUGCAUUUACCGUCCUUACACUGCUAUCAUGCCAAUGAACUCCAGGAGGCUUUAUUUGCAACUUGUGUAACACUUCCUGUUUUUUAGGUUUUACUGAUCAGGCUUGUGAGCCACUCAAAAUAAUGUUUGUGAUCCCUACUAUUGAUUCUGCCCUUGGAGCAAACUGAAUAAAGCAACACAAUGAAAACUGAGUACUCUA